GAGAUUUUCGUUAGAGUAGUUACUAUGUGACGGCAUGACGGCUUGUUUUGAUCUGCAUUCUUUUUUACGUCUGUUAUUUAUUCCCUGCUUCAAUUUCUCUCCGAAAAAGAGCUGAUUAAGAAAAUGGAUUCGUCAGACUCGGAUUGUUUUCCUCUAGAACGUGAAAGGGGCGAUGGAGCGAUGCGAUGGAGAGAAAGAACUGAGGAAAACAACUUGAAAAAGAAGAAAAAAAGGAUUGGAGAUGCUCUUGAUGGCCAAGAGGAAUAUAUGGGCCUAAAUGGUGAGAAUGUGAAGCGCAUGAAGAAGCACAAAAGGAGAAAAGAAAGAGGGAGCGACACAAUGUCAGAAGAAGUCUCUGAGGUGACUGGAGAGGAGAUGCCAAGGAAAAAGAACAAAACAAAAGAGAAGCUUGUGGGUAUUUCUGACAAGAUGUCUCAGCACGAAAUACCUGCAGAGGCGUCACAGAAGAAAACGGACUCAAACAAGCAAGGGGAGGGUGAAAUAAAUGGGUGGACUAUGGAAGUUCCCAUUCAAGGUGCACCAGCGGACGAAACCCCAAGAAAAAGAAAAAAGACAAAACGGAAAGAGCCGGACACGGAUGAGCUCACCGCGGAACCUACUAAUCAAGAGGCACCAGUAGAGGAGAUGCCCACAAAAAAAAAGAAGAAGAAACAGAAAGAGCGGGAAACGGAUGAGUUCACCGUGGAACCUACUGCUCAAGAAGCAGCAGUAGAGGAAAUGCCAACCAAAAAGAAGAAGAAAAAAAAACGGAAAGAGUGGAACACAGAUGAAUCCGUAAUGGAAUCUUCUGCUAGGGAUGCACCGAUAGAGGAGACUCCAAGGAAAAAAAAGAAAAAACAGAAAGAGAUGCAACCAGGUUCGUCCUCCGCGGAAUUCCUUACUCCACAUGCGCCAAUAGAGGAGACGCCGAGGAAAAAGAAGAAGAAACAGAAGGAGACGCAAACAGACGUGUCCUCAGUGGAACCCACUAGUCAAGAACCACCAAUAGAGAAGACACCAAGAAAAAGAAAAAAGGACAGACUACAUGGCUCCACCAAGGAACCUAUUAUUCAAGAAACCACAUCGGAGGAGACCGCCACUGAAAAGGAUGCAAACAGCUCUACUGUGGAGGCUACUAUUCAAGAAGGACAAAGAGUAAAGACCUCCCAACCUAAGAACAAAGAGAGAGAGAGAGAAGUAAGAGGUACUUCAGACGAAUCAGAGAUUUUAAGUGAGCAGCCAAGGGAUUUUAAUGGAGAAGAUAUGUCUCGUGCGACACUGCUCACAAAAUCCUUGACGCCACAGGGAAAAAGGCAAAAGGAGAACGAACAGCAACCCCAACAGAACAGCGACGAGAAAGAACUGAAUAUGAUGACAGAGCUGGAUGAACUUAAAGAAUUUGUUCCCAAUGCAGAAUUCAAAGAUUCUCAACAGAUCAGACGUCUGGUAGCAUAUGACUUGCCUAGAUACAAAGAGUUCAAAAGGAAAGGCAUCCCUCUGCGCAGCGGACGCUUUUCCAAGCAAGAGAACGAGAGGUUAGUCGAGAACGUCAAAGACUUCAUGGCUCUCACAGGAAUCGACAACGCAGUCAAGCUCUUCUAUCCUUCACGUUUCCCAGAGGAGAAGAACAGCAUAACGAAGGCAAAGAAGGACCACGGGUUCUUUGGACAAAUUUCUGAAGGAAUCCCACGAUCCUGUCACGACAUUUACAUGCGUGGGAGAAACUUAUUUGACGACAGAAACUACAUGGGCGAGUUUACAGAAGAAGAAAUUCGAUCCCUUUGUAAAUUGCACAGUUUGCAUGGGAAUGACUGGAAGAAGCUCAGCGAUUUGACCGGCAGAAGUCCUGCUGCGUUGGAGAAGCGUUUUUCUCAGCUCAAAAAGAAGACAGGCCAUUGGAGUGAUGAAGAAAUGCAGAGUCUUUUGCACGCUGUUCGUGAUCACUUCAUCAGCAAACUGGACCCCGAAGCCCAAGAAAACCCUGGAACAGCCAGGAUCAGCCGCACAGACCUCUACUCCAACCUUCCCUGGACACAUUUGGCAGAAAAAGUAAAGACUCGUGCCUGGACACAGUGUCGGGAGAAAUGGAUGUUAAUUGUGAAGGCCAAAAUGUCACCAUAUGCUGUUAAGGACCUAAAGCAGACGAGAAAAUGGAAAAUCCAACUCAUUAAAGCGAUGUAUCAACUGAAUCUUGAAGACAUUGCGGAUGUGAAUUGGGAGGAUCUCACACACACUAUGGGGGAUGUCCCUCCAGCCUAUGUGCAAGAGCGUUUCCACAAGCUUAAAGUGCGUCGUGUCCCCCAUUGGCAAACAAAAUCUUUUGACGAAAUCAUUGAUUUCCUACAUGAUAAAGUUUUGCCUGUACUGGAAGGGGAAGCAGCCAUGGAUGACGCCUCAGGUGGCUCAGCAAGUAAGAACAGCAGUACCCAAAAAGACACCUUCCUCUUCUCUGACAUCUUUGGUCAUAUGUGAGGAUGAAGAUGAUGGGGACAGGGAUGAAGAUGAUGAGGAUGAUGAUGAAUAUGAAAAGAGAGUUAAAAUUCAGAAAUACAUUGGAAUGUCAUGCUUUU